GAGGGGGCGGGGCCGAGCCAGACCGCGCUGGAGCCGCGAGCGGGGCAGGGCCUGGUGCCCCCGGAUGCUUCCGGAGGGGACGGCGCCCCCCCGCUCCGGCGCCCCGCCAUGAAGGCAGCGUGCUGCGUGCUGGUGGUGUCCCUGCUGAUGGUGCCGCUGCUCCGGACGGUGUCUCAGCGUCUCUUCUCCAUGGCCGCAGAGUCCUACGCCCCCGGCAGCCUCUCGGCUGCUUUCAUCACCUGCCCCAACGAGACCGUGGCCAAGGAGAUCGCCAGGGCGGUGGUGGAGAAGCACCUGGCAGCCUGCGUGAACAUCAUGCCGCAGAUCACAUCCAUAUACGAGUGGAAGGGGAAGAUAGAGGAGGACAGCGAAGUGCUGCUGAUGAUUAAAACCCGGAGCUCCCGAAUCCCAGCACUGGCUGAAUAUGUCCGGUCCGUGCACCCAUAUGAGGUGGCCGAAGUGAUCGCCCUUCCCAUCCAGCAAGGGAAUGCCCCCUACCUGCAGUGGGUACAGGAGACCGUGCCCUCUGAGUAAGACCUGCCAGUGGUCCAGCCAGAGCUGUGUGUUGGGGGCAACAACAGGCAAUAAACCACAUGCAGACACUUGUA